CAUGCCGGCGACGGCACGUACUACGACGUUGGCCUCGGCGCCUGCGGUAUCACCAGCUCUGCGGACCAGAUGGUUGUCGCUGUGCCGGAUGCGAUGUUCCAGGGCUACCCUGGCGCCGGCGCGAACCCGAACCUGAACCCCAUUUGUGGGACGCAGAUUCGCGCGUACUACAACGACAAAUCUGUCGACGUCACCGUCGUCGACCGCUGCGGCGGCUGCUCCGGCUUCGACCUCGACUUCUCCCGCGGCGCCUUCCAACAGCUCUCGGACCUCGGCCCCGGGCGCAUCCAGAUUACCUGGGAC